AUGCGACGACAUCAUGGACGAGCGCUCUCACCGUACCAUGGACGCACGGCCGCUCCUCCUUCUGCUGAAGUCUCCUUGGUCCGCAGUUUUGACUCCAAGAUCAAUCCGUCAAGACCCGCCAGACAAUCCCCCUUGGCCACCUCUCAGAUCCAGGGCAUGCCAUUGGACUUGAUCGAACGCAUUCGUUCCUUCCCUCUAUUCCAAUCCACCUCGGACGACUUCCUCGCCGACAUCGGUCUCCUCCUCAAACCCCAGCUGCACAACACCAAUGACUAUAUCAUCACCGAAGGGGAAGAUGCGAAGGCGAUGUAUUGGCUUGUCCGAGGCGCCGUCGCUGUGACGUCUCGGGACGGGGAGAGUAUCUUUGCUGAACUAAAACCCGGUGCCUUCUUUGGAGAAAUUGGGAUCCUCAUGGAACGUCCUCGCACCGCAACAGUAGUUGCUCGGACAAGGUGUAUGGUGCUGGUGCUGAAGAAGGAGGAUUUGAAAAAGAUAUUACCCAAGUAUCCCGACGUGGAACAGGCCAUUCGAGACGAGGCAUUGGAACGGCUGACGCAAUUGGAGAAGAAAAAGAGGCAGGUGCUACUCGGCACGGAAGAUGUCCCAAACCACGAAAGAAGAGGCUCCAAGAGAGCAAGAGUGACGGUUGGAGAAGACGUAUAUAUGAGAGACGGUGACGGUAGCGUUACUAGCUCGAGCAAGCGGCGGAAGUCUCCCAGCCCCGGGACGAACGAAGUCUCAACAGCAAGCGCAUUGGGACAUGGCCUCGUUAAUAUCCGCGCCACUUUGAAGGAGUUGCCACUGUUUGCGUCUCUGCCUUCCGAUAUUCUCCAUUUCCUCGGUCUCAGUGCCCAGCCAAGAAGCUUUGCACCAUUCACAGACAUUAUCAAACAAGACACCAGAGGCAGGGAGGUCUAUUUCAUUGUCCGUGGCGAGGUUGAAGUUCUGGAUGAGAGGAAUGUUUCAGCUCCCAAGCGGCACAAGGUCGGAGAGCCUAAUGGCGUGCCGGGAACGCCACGAGUGAUAGCUCGCCUCAAGCCAGGACAGUACUUUGGCGAGGUUGUGAGUCUAUCGCUAGCAGAUCGACGGACGGCUACUGUGCGGUCAGUAACCCAAGUUGAAUGCUUGAUGAUCUCCGAAAAUGUGCUGGCGGAUUUUUGGAAUCGGUGUCCGCCGAAUGUCCUGCGGCAGAUCGAGGACACUGCGAAGCGCCGAUUACAGCUGGCGUCGGACAAUGACGUUGUCAUGAAUGAUGCAGACGCAACACCUGACAUUCAUGAUCUUGAAAUCCGAGACUCGAAAGAGAGGAGGCAAAAGAAAGUCGUCAGUGGACCCCGAGUGACGUUUACAGACACAGAAAUCAGCAGUUCCACACAGGCCGCUCAAACAGAGGAACCGAACAAUACGCUUGAACCUUCAGACCCCGACCCUUUCCUGAGUGAAGGCCUAGAAAAGGUCAGGUCGAGAUCAAGGAGAGGUUCUCUUGCUCCGCCGCCUCCAGAUGAGCUGUCCAAAGAUCAGAGGCGCCGGUCUCCGCGAUCAUCACCUACCACCACAACCAACCCCUCCCCCAAGGGUUCAGCAUCUGGGACACCAUCGCCCACGUCCGAGUAUAAAGGCAGCAGUGGCUUUCCAUUUUCUGAUCCCUUCUCUCCAGGGGGCCGGCCCAAACCCCGACCACGGUCCAGUCGCGGCCAAAAUCGAGGCAGUAUCCCUGAUACAAUGCUGCCGUUGAUCCUCGAAUAUCUCGAUUUGCAUGAGUUACUGCGUUUGCAAGGCGUAUCCCUCCAUUGGCAGAAUGUUCUCAACACUGCACCUAAUCUACUACACCAUCUUGACUUGUCACGUUACAACCGGACAAUCACGGACGACAUUCUAAUCAGCCGCAUCUGCCCGUUUGUUGCAGACAGGCCCAGAUUCAUCGACAUCAGUAACUGCUUUCACAUCACUGACGAAGGCUUCACCGCUCUGGUUAACACAUGCGGGGUCAAUGUUCAGGGGUGGCGCAUGAAGAGCGUCUGGGACGUCACCGCUCCGGCGAUCCUGGAGAUGGCGAAUAAGGCUCGUGGACUCAGAGAGGUUGACCUGAGUAAUUGCCGCAAAGUCAGCGACACAUUGCUGGCGAGAAUAGUUGGCUGGGUCGUCACGGCACAGCCUCCAGCGCCCACUAACCGCACGAAAGUCAACUCACACCGCCCCGUUCUCAACACCAAGGUGAAUAACAACACUCCUCCGCAGCAACCUCCCCCAGGGACCGUCAUUGGAUGUCCAGAGCUGAGCUCCAUCACGCUCAGCUACUGCAAACACAUCACUGACCGGACCAUGGCCCAUAUCGCUACACAUGCUCACAAUCGGAUUGUCUCGAUGGAUUUGACUCGCUGUACGACGAUAACGGAUGCCGGUUUUCAGUUCUGGGGCAAUGUCAAGUUUGAACGGCUGAGGAAACUGUGUUUGGCCGACUGCACGUAUCUCAGCGAUCAGAGCAUUGUGUGGCUUGUCAAUGGGGCAGGUAGUGGCCUGAGACAGCUUGAUCUGUCCUUCUGCUGCGCCCUCUCUGACACAGCCACCGAGGUCAUUGCCUUGGGCUGCCCGAAUCUAACCCACCUGAAUCUCUCCUUCUGCGGCAGUGCGGUCUCGGACCCGAGCUUACGGUCGAUCGGCCUUCACUUGACUUCCCUUCGCGAACUCGCUGUUCGGGGAUGCGUUCGUGUCACGGGCCUUGGCGUCCAGAGUGUGGUCGAGGGCUGUCAAAAGCUGAAACUAUUUGACGUGAGUCAGUGUAAGAAUCUGCAACCCUGGCUGGUCAGUGGCGGGAUCGAGCGGUGGCGGUCCAUGGGCCGGGAUGUUGAGUUUGUGGUGGUCAGUUCAGGGACGAAGCUGGUUCGAUGA